AUGAAUCUCCUAGUUUGGAAUUGUCAAGGAGCGGCGUCGAGGAAGUUUCGCCGUAUCUUGGGAAAUUUCACCAAAGUUUAUAAACCAGAAAUUGUUUGUUUGUUGGAGACUAAAGUCUCUGGAGCUCAGGCUAAUGACAUCUGUUGCCGUCUGGGCUUCGACGAAUGGCUAAGAGUGGAAGCUUUUGGCUUUUCUGGAGGAAUUUGGGUUCUUUGGAAUCUUACCAUACUGGUGGAUGUCCUAAUUACUCACCCACAAUUUGUUGUCGCGAAGGUGUCCCAUAGUGGUUCACCAUGUUGGUUUUUGUCUUUCGUCUAUGGCAGCCCGAACAUUACAUUACGUAGAGAGUUGUUUUCUGAACUCUCCCGUUGUAAUGUUAACUCCAUGGGAGGUUGGCUGUCGGUAGGAGAUUAUAACUCUGUAGUUAAUAGCAGUGAGACUUCAAGUACUAGUAACUUCUCUCUUAAUCGUUGUGCAGAUUUUAAUCACUGGAUUUUUAGUGAAGGAUUGCUAGACCUAGGCUUCACGGGGUCAUCCUACACUUGGACCAGAGGCCUCGACACAUCUACUUUCAGAGGAGCAAGGCUUGAUAGAGCACUAUGCAAUACUGACUGGAGGCUACUUUUUCCUAAAGCAGAUGUUACCCACUUACCAAGAAUCGGCUCGGACCAUAACUCGCUUCUAGUUCGGACAAACCCAACCGGAGGGGGUGGUGUGCUGAGAUCAUUCAAAUUUAAUGCAGCAUGGUUGACACAAGGAUUUCCACCAGUUUACUAA